GUCCCGUGUAGUAUAUUUUGGAGGAGGAAGUGUCUAAAAUAAUGUUGAUAUUAGCAUUUACGCGAGGUUAAAAGUUGGCUAUAUGCUGCCGUAAUGCUGAUAGUAAUGAAAAACGAUUAAUUAAGGUGUAAAAAUCGGUGUAACUAUUUGCGGUCUGAUUCAGAAAAUAUGGGUCGUUUUUUGAAUCUUUUGCGAACCUGGCUUGUGAUGGUAUCCGUCAUUGCUAUGGGCAACUCUGUACAGAGCUUCCGUGACCACAGCUUUCUGUCUGAGAAACUUUACACGGGGACACCGGAUUUUGUCAAUGGCCUACAAGCAAGAACAUUUGGGAUAUGGACCUUACUGUCUUCGAUCAUUCGCUGCGCAUGUGCCAUGGACAUACAGAACAGAACGCUUUAUCAUAUAACCUUGUGGACAUUUGUUCUGGCUCUUGGCCAUUUCCUGUCUGAAGCCUUUAUCUAUAAAACAGCCCCACUUACCAUUGGAGUCAUGGCCCCUCUUAUUGUAGCAGGUUCUUCUAUUGUGGGCAUGUUAAUUGGGUUCCAGUGUAUUUCAGAGCCAACAGAAGGAAAUGCAGCAAAGAAGAUCAAGAGAAACUAAAUCUAUGCCUUAGUGACUUGGAGUCCUUUAGUGCCACCUAUGCUCAGAGGAGAAUACUUGAUGAGUGAUACCUCCAGAAAAAGACAGCAGAACUACAGAGCCACUACAAUCCCAGCCUAUUCCAUAUUCUUGCUGGCCACUGUGUGGUGUAGAAACAGUACAUUUUGAUAAUAUUGAAGAUCAGUUAUCAUAUAAUGUAAGAAAAAAACUGCAACGAAAACAUCAUCAUCCCAAGCCUUCUUCAUAUUUGAUUGUUAAAAUGUCAGUUAUCUUUUAUUCUUCUAAGUGAAAGAAAUAAAGUCUUUCUACAAUGCAUAUAAAGAAAUCCAGGGACAUGAAUAACUUAAAUAGUACUUUCAUUAGAUAACAUUGUUGUUUUUAACCUAAUGUUUAUUUUGGUGAUAUGCUCUCAGUAAGUGUCCUUCAAAGCCUAAGCAUUUUAUAUUAAAAGUGCACAGUGUAAACAAAAUGUUGGCACACAUGGAUAAUCUCUGUAAAUCCUAUUUGUCUUUACAGUUGUUUAAUGAUCUUGACAUGAUCAUAAUCAGUAUCUCUAUACUGAUUUAUAGGUUUCAUAGAAGUUGUUUGUGCUUGUCCAAGAAGGUAACACUAAAGUUACUUAAAAAUUUACUGUUUUGACAAAUGGCUUAAAGGACAGAAGUAUGAAAA